UGGGAAGGGGAGGGCUCUGUGCUGCAGGCCAGCUAUUGAGGGGGCAACUCUAGUGAUCAGCUCUGACAUUGCACUUUCCACCCACAACCCUCUACAGGCAGCACCUGCUGAAUCCUUGCAGCUCCCUAAAAGGCAGAAAUACCGCGAUGCUGCUCUGGGGUCUGCUGCUCUGCUUGUCCACUCUGCACGAUAGCCCAGGGUUUCCUUUGGCACAUGCCCUUGAGAUGGAGACUCCCCCCUCUGACCACGCCGACCCGCAGGAGAGCCCUGAGCACUCUGAAGAGGCUGGAGCCUUAGAAGGAGAUCCACAGUUUGUUCCCACCACCACUCUUCUGCCAGGAGUGGAUCCAACCCUGUCAAAUGCUGCAGUGUCGGAUUCCACCUCUGACACCUGGGAAGACAUCCAUGGGCCUACACUGCCACUUCCUACCACUACCAGCACCACAAGCCCCGGGGCUGGCCUCACAAGCUCAGGGGGCCAUCUUAUCACCGGGACAGUAGGAGAUCACAAGCAGGUGCUGGAGGUGCAAGAAGUUGAUUCCUCUGAAGAGGAGGGAGAAGGUCAAGAGAGAGGCUGUGACAUGUCUCAGGAGCAGACACGCAGGCUAGCAGAAGGUCUGAUGAAAUUCACCAUCGAUCUCCUGACAGAGGUCCAGAUGGAGACCAGCAAACCCAAUGUGAUCCUGUCUCCCCUCAGCAUCACCCUGGCAUUGUCCCAGCUGGCACUAGGAGCAGCAAACCAGACAGAGAAACGCCUGCUGGAGGCGCUGCACCUGGAAUCAGUGCCCUGUCUCCAUCACCUGCUGAGCAGCAUUCGCAGGCAGCUCACAGGGUCCAUGCUCAGUGUAGCUUCACGCAUCUAUCUGCAGAAAGGGUUUGAGGUUAAAGAGAAAUUCUUGGAGAACUCAGAGCGAUUCUAUGGGGCAAAGCCUGUGACCCUGUCUGGGAACAAUGAAAAUGACCUCAUAGCCAUAAACAAGUGGAUAAAGGAGGCAACUGAAGGGCAGAUAUCCACUUUCCUGGAUCAGCUCCCUGCAAGCACUGUGAUGCUCCUACUCAAUGCUGUCCACUUCCAAGGAUUUUGGAGGCAUAAGUUUGACCCCAGCCAGACUGGGCCAGAUGUGUUCCACCUUGACGACCAGUUCAUAGUUCCAGUUGAGAUGAUGAAAGCUCAGAAAUAUUCCCUGAGCUGGUUUACUCUGGAUCCCCUGGAGGUUCAGGUAGCCAGGUUUCCCUUUAAGGGCAACAUGAGUUUUGUGGCCAUUGUCCCAAACCAGUUUAAGUGGAACGUCUCCCAGGUGCUGGCGAACCUCAGCCAUGACAAGCUGCACAGCCGCUUCCCCAAGGAGAAGCCCACCAUGGUAAAGAUGCCCAAACUGCAUGUAGAUUACCAGCUUGAACUCAACCAAGUCCUCAGCCAACUAGGCCUCGGGGAGUUGUUUUCCGCCCCAGACCUGCAGAAGAUCACAGAUGAGCCUCUCUUUGUAUCUAGCAUCCAGCACCAGUCCACCCUGGAGCUUGCAGAAGAUGGCGUGGAGGCAUCAGCUGCCACUAGUGUCAUGAUGUCUCGUUCACUCUCCACUUUCAGCCUCAACCAACCCUUUCUCUUCAUUAUCUUUGAGGAGACAACAGGCAUCCCACUCUUUGUGGGCAGCAUCCAGAACCCCAACCCCAGCGCUGCCCAACAGAAAAAAGAGCCACAGGACUCACCUAACCUGAAAAAUGGCAUCAAAAAUAGUAUCCCCAAAUAAGGGAGGAGCAGUGCCUAGGAGUCCUGGGACUGCUG